AUGGCGCAACGAGGACCUUCGGGCUACGGCAUACCGAAUGCCCCCAACCCUUUCGGAGGCCCAUCAUCACAGCCUGACAGCCAAAGCAGCGCCCUGGAUGCCAUCAGGGAGCAAACGAGCAAGAUCGAGGACAUGCUGGACUCGGUCUCGGAGCCCAUCAAGCCAUACCUUCCAGCCAUCGGCCGAUUCCUCAUCGUGGUCACCUUCAUCGAGGACGCCCUGCGGAUAUUGACGCAAUGGAGUGAUCAAGUCUACUACCUUCAUGACUAUCGUCGCUUCCCCAGCGGCUUCCCUCAGCUUUUCCUCGUCAUCAACGUUGUCGCCAUGGUCGUCUGCUCAGGAAUGGUCAUCACCAGGAGAUUCUCAGAGUAUGCCGUCGGCGGUCUCAUCGCCGUGGUUAUCACGCAGGCUCUCGGCUAUGGUCUCAUUUUCGAUCUCAACUUUUUCUUGCGUAACCUGUCGGUCAUGGGCGGCCUGAUCAUGGUCCUGUCGGACUCGUGGGUGCGCAAGACCGUCAACUUUGCCGGGCUGCCGCAACUCGAGGAGAAGGACCGCAAGAUGUACUUCCAGCUGGCUGGCCGUGUUUUGCUCAUCUUCCUCUUUAUCGGCUUUGUGUUUGCUGGCGAGUGGAGCAUCUGGAGGGUCAUGGUCUCCAUCGUCGGCCUGGUUGCUUGCAUCAUGGUUGUUGUUGGAUUCAAGGCUAAGUUCAGCGCCACUCUUCUGGUGGUCAUCUUGAGCAUCUUCAACCUCUUUGUCAACAACUUCUGGACUCUUCACGAACACCACCCCCACAAGGACUUUGCCAAGUACGACUUCUUCCAGAUCCUCUCGAUCGUCGGUGGUCUGCUUUUGCUCGUCAACAGCGGUCCUGGCCAGUUCAGCAUCGACGAGAAGAAGAAGGUUUACUAG